AUGCUUGCACUUGGAACCUUGAGCAGUUUUUCGCGGCUCAAGAGUCUUGCAGGACGCAGCUUCAACAUGCCGCUGCCAGAACAGUUGCAAGGUCAUGCAGUGCACGGCUACACUGUGGCCAAAACUCUUCGGAAAUGGCAAGACGUGGAGCGAAGCUGUGAUGUUCUAGAAAUUUGGGCUGGGGUCGGCUCAGUUGCUUCAGCAGCUAGGAAGCUCUCACUUUCAGCCCGCGAGAUCGAGCUGCACCGCGUGCCCGGCAGAACCGAUGACCCCACCAACAAGGAGACUGAAGACCUGAUGUGUGAGCAGGGUGUUGCCAAUGCCCUGAAGGCCUUGAUGUCUGUGAAGGUGGGGGGGCUGGUCAUGAUGGGACCGGUCUGUUCGUCGUGGGUCUUUAUGAACUCCUCAAGGUGCUGCAGGACACAUGACAAUAUCUGGGGUGAUGUGACGUAUGGCCCAGUCCAAGAAGGAAAUCAUUUUGCGAAUUGCAUGGUGCUGUUCUUGCUGGUCUCUGAUGCUCGCGGACUCCAUGCAGUCUGCGAACAGCCGAAGGGGUCCACGAUGUGGAAACUGCCGCCAGUGAGCCUUGCUCUGGAUCACUUGCAGCUGACCUCCACCCAAACACCUCGGUGUGCUUUCGACCGCAAGCCUUUCGGACAGCGCUUUCUGAAAGUCUUCAAGCUCUACGGCCCCUCAUGGAUCCUCGACAUGUGUCGCACAUGCAAGUGCCCCAAUGCAAAGCACCGGGCCCUCGUGAAGACUUCUGCAGAUGGCAGCGUGACGGGCAUCCAUGAUGCGCUCACAGAGUCGGGUGCAUACCCGAAGGCCAUGGGCCACGCUUUGGUGAGAUCCUGGUUGAAGGGGCUGGGAGCUGCAGCGCCACUUCUUCAUCAGAAAGGCCAGAAGCGCAAGGCCAGCCCGGAGCCAGUGAGAAAGAAGCCUGCAGCAUCCUCAGGCCACUUUGCCUUGGCCAGCUUGCCGAUGUCUUGUGUGCAACAAUGUGGGUCGUGGAAGAAGCCUGGCCUCAACUUGUGUGCUCCAGAAGCUUCAUCAGAAGGCCUGCCGAAGAAGCGUAAGCAUGCCUCUGACACAUGGCAGAAGCCCAGCUUGAGUUUCAAGCCCUGCAGCAGUUUUGCAAGUGCAAAGUCAGGGCAGUGCUUGCAAGCAAAUUGGAUGCAACCAGCUUUGUCAUUGGAGACUGACGCCGCCAAUGACACUUUACAGAAAGUGCACUGUGAGCAUCAUGAGAUUUCGCUGGAUGCCGGCAUGCUGGGUCUUUUGCUGCCCUCAGAUGCCCCCGAGAACUCCUACGGUACACAUGCGAAAGAUCCUGGCCGCAUCGCCUCUGUGCUGAAGGGUCGUUGUGGCUGCUGCAGGAAUUGCUUCAAAGACCAGAAAGCAAAGCUUGUGGAAGAGAUCGCUGCUUUGUGGCAUGGCCUCAGUGAAGAGCAACAGACGCAGUACCUGCAAGGCCAGUGGCAAGGCCCACUGGCUCCUGAGGCUGCAGAGGCGGCUUCGCACAGAACCCAGUGGCGCCUGGGUGGCAAAUCCAUUUGUCUCAGGGGGCUGGCAAGCUUGCUGGGCACUGCAGAGAGAACUUUGCAAAAGAGGUUGAAAGGGGUUCUGGACAUGAGGAAAAAUCACUUGCAGUCUGGCAGCCUUGGUCGCCAGGCCCCGAAGCAGCAGGCAAUCAUCGACUUGUUUUUCAGCGAAUUGUACCACAGUGUGGCAGAAGAUUUGCCAGAGAUAAGACGGGAAGAAUCUGCUACUGAGUUUGCUGAAAGCCUUGAAGAUGCCUUCUACUGGACGCCAGAAGCAUGCCUUGCCCAGAAUAUCGCAGCACUCCAAAGCCCCCAAAGGCCACAAGGACGUGUGCGAACAUUGCCGCCUGGGCGCCCCAUCUUGCUCUUUCUGCAGUUCAAAGCAUGGUGGGCAGCCAACCAAUCAAUGUUGCAGCGGAGUGGCUCCCCGGAGGGCCAGAUUUGCGCCCAGAUGCCAAGCUGGUCAACUUGGUGGAGGAUGUGGGUAAAUAAAUGGAGUUCGCUCCUGUCUUUCCGCAAAGCUUCCCAGCACAAGGAUUGCAACAGCUGUUUUGAAAUGAGACAGCUACUACAGAAGUCUUCUGUUUCUCGGGCUGAAAAGGCCUCUCUGGCGUUACAGCUUCAGGAGCACUUGCGGAGUCAGUACCACGAUAGAAUGGUGUACUGGGCGUUACGCCACAGCAGCCAACGACGGUCCGGGGUGGUGUCUAUAAUGAUAGACGCUAUGGACCGUGGGAAAACUGUUUGGCCAGCAUACCCAUGGCACAAAUCUCCUGCCUCUCUUCAAGGACUUUGCCGCCCUCAGCUCAUUUUGACGGGCGCGCUAGUUCAUGGAUGGUUCAUGGGGAUGUACUUCCAGGAUGCCCGUCUACAUCACGGUGCCUCGGCUCACCUGGAAAUUAUUUUUCGGUGCAUCGACAAGGUCAUGUCCAUGGCGGCUCAGGCUGGAUGUGAUUUUCCAAAACAUUUACACAUCCAAGCUGACAAUACGACCUCGGCGGUCAAGAAUCAGUACCUGACUCAGGCAGCAGCCUACCUGACUGGCACCGGCCGCUUUUUGAGCGUUACAUGCGGAUUCCUCGUCGAAGGGCAUACGCAUGAAGAUCUUGACAGGACUUUUGCCUACGUCAAUCAGAAGGUCAUUUGCUCCAAAACAGUUGAGACGCCUGGUGAUUUCAAGGCAGCUUUGCUUCAGGAGUUGCAGCCCAUUGCAUCGCACAAGGGAGAAGACCUCGUUGUCGAAGAGGUCCGACAUGUGCAUGACUUCCGGGAAUGGCUUUCUGCUCUGAAGGUGACCCCCACCGGGUGCUACAUGACCCAUAAAGGUGGGGGGAAUCAGAAGAGGCCCGCUGCACACUCAUUCGUUUACAAGACUCACGCUGACUUGCUGCCAAAGGAGAUCGAGAAAAUCACAAGGCCACGCCGAGCAGCCAUCUCUGCAGCAGAGGAUGUCUAUGCAAUCUUGAAGGGCAGAAUGUAUAUGACUGAGUCACUUCCACCUGUCCUUGUCCUUCCCAAGUCUGUGCUUGAGGCUGCCCAGCUGCCACCGCUUCCAACUCAGAUCUUCAAGGCCGAGCCGCCCUCUGAUGACGACAAGGUGGUGCUUUCGAAGCUUGCCCAGUACUUGGACUCCCAAGCUGUUGGAAUGACGCGGGCUGCUGCAGAGAUUAGGGAGCGAUACUUGUCCGAUGAUCCUGAUGCGGCAGUACCUGCAGCACCCCCUUUGCUGUGGCUGCAAGGACAGCCCCCAGUUCACAGAGAAGUAAUUCCUGUCACACGAAACAUGUAUUAUGAGCAUUUGCCCGAUGACUCGUGGCCGAUGCUUGUCAAAUUUCACCGAUGA